CUGCAGAACAGAAUGUUGAAUGUCUGCAUUCCAGCAACGUUUAGCAAACAUUCUGAUGUGUUUGGAUAAAAUGGUUCAUUGUUAUUUAAAAAAUAUAUAUAUUUCACCUUUAUUUAACCAGGUAGGCAAGUUGAGAACAAGUUCUCAUUUACAAUUGCGACCUGGACAAAAUAAAGCAAGCAGUUUGAUGAUGUUGUGUUGUCAGGCUACAGCCAUGAUUCUCCUGAUGCUUGUACGAAGUCGAACCCAGUCACAGAGAAACACAGCAAGCAGAGGUGAAGAAAGCUCUUAGAGACUUACCCAGAAAGACUCACAGCUGUAAUCGCCGCCAAAGGUGCUUCUACAAAGUAUUGACUCAGGGGUACAGGUGUAUCUAUCCAAAUGCAAUAAUCUGGGUCCUGCUGGAGAGGAGGACUAUGCUGAGACAAACACAGAAACAUAUAUGAACAAGAAGAUCAAGUUUAACAGAGGUGAGAUGGAGGAGAGGAUUGUGGAUAUCUACGUCAGUGCAGACACCCUGAGAGACGGUGAGACCAGCACCAAGAGAGAAGAGACAGCAGACACUGCUCCUAAUAAUGGACCAGGAGACCAGCACUCAGAGCCUGAUAGCUCAGGGAAGAGAUCCUCCAGAGUUGCUGCAGUGUGUCUGGGGCUGCUGUGUGUUCUACUGGCUUGGAUCAUAGGCCUGUCUGUCUACUAUAACAGAGCCAUCAAAGAUUCUGAGGAUGAAAGGAACAACUUGUCAAAGAGUUUUUCCCUUUAUAAGACCAACACAACUGCAGAGAGAGACCAGUUACAGACCAGAUACAACAACCUGACUAAAGAAAGAGACCAGCUACAGACCAGAUACAACAACCUGACUGAAGAGAAAAGCCAUAUUCAGGCAAAGCUUUUUGUGAUUGAGCAGCAUUGCCAGGAGGGAUGGAGAUACUUUGACUCCAGAUUGUACUUCCUCUCCUCUGAGAAGAAAACCUGGAAGGAGAGCAGACAGGACUGUCUGGAGAGAGGAGCAGACCUGGUGAUGAUAAACAGCAGAGAGGAACAGACAUUUCUCUUCAACCUCCACAUGAGAGCCUGGAUUGGUCUGACUGACUCUGUUACUGAGAAGACCUGGAAGUGGGUGGACGGCACAUCACUGACCACAGGGUACUGGGGGACAGGACAGCCUGAUAAUGGUCGUCUGUUCUCUGGGCAGGAGGACUGUGUUGAAAUAUACUAUGGACAAGAUGACCCUGUAAAGACAUGGAAUGAUGACAUAUGUGGCACAAAUCAUAACUGGAUCUGUGAGAAAGGGGUGUAACAAUAACCCACAGUAACAAACAUUCUGUCUCUCUC